AUGGUUUUCGAAAAUAUCGUCGGCUAUCUACUGGACAAAUACUUGGGCGAUUAUAUUGAAAAUUUAGAUACAAAAAAGCUCAAAGUUGAUUUAUGGAGUGGCAAAGUCGAACUAAAUAACCUUUAUCUGAAACCAAAUGCACUCGCUGAUUUAAACCUUCCUGUAACCAUAUCUAUUGGUUACCUCGAAAGAUUAGUUCUGGAAGUACCAUGGAAAAGCAUUUAUACAUCGUCAACCAAAGCAACAGUCGAUGGACUUUUUCUUCUAGUCGUACCGAAAACUGAAGUUGAAUACGAUGCCAAACGCGAUGAAAAGGAACAACAUGAAGCAAAAAUGAAAGAAGUCCAUCUGGUCGAACAACUUCGAAAAGACAAAGAAGCUGAGAAAAAUAGCGAUGCUCCAGCGACAAACAAUGAUACAUACAUGGAACGUAUUCAGUUACAAAUCAUACGAAAUUUGGAAUUAUCGAUUCAAAAUAUUCACAUUGUCUAUGAAGAUCGCUCAACGAAACCGAGCCAUCCGUUUGCUGUUGGAAUAACUCUCGAUUAUAUAAAACUACACACGACGACUCCUGAUUGGCAGCAAGCAAUUCUCAAAGAAGAUACGCCAUUGAUCCAUAAACUCGGCCAAUUAAAUGCAUUUUCAAUCUAUUGGAACACAGAUGCUCAAUCACGUUCAACACUAUCACGCGCUGAUAUCAUCAAAAAUUUACGAGAACGAAUUGCAACCAACAAUCGACAAGUUCCAAGUGAUAUGUCAUAUAUUCUUCGACCGUUGAAUGUUACGGCAAGAGUGAUAUUGGCCAUGAAACCACGGCAGGAAAAUUUUAAAAAGCCGAUGUUCGAUAUCAAAGUUGAUUUGGAUGAAAUUAGUUUAAAUAUCAAUCGUAAUCAGUACUUAGAUGUAUUGGAUUUAUUGGAAUUUCAAGAUUAUCUGACCAUUAAAUCGAAAUACAUUAAAUAUCGUGGACGAUCUAUGCUGGAACAAAAAUUAAGUCGGAAAAAUUGGAAAUUUGCCUAUGAAGCUAUUGUUAAUGAGGAAGUUCGACCUCGAUUCGAUUGUUACAAAUGGGAGAACAUCAAAGCACAUUUAGAUCGGUGCAGAGCAUAUCGGAAACUUCAUAUUCAAGAAUUGACAGGAAAACUAACAAAUGAAGAUAAACAACGCAUUCAAGAAUUAGAGAAAAAACUAGAUGUUUUCAAUCUGACCUACAUUCGUCGUAAGGCGGAGAUCGAAGCACGAAAGAAGAAGGAACAAGAACCAAAGACUUGGUGGGGAAGUGUGUCGAACUGGUGGGGCGGAAAUACACCAAAAGAUGAUCCAAGCCUUAGUUUAGAAGAAGUGAUGACUCCUGAAGAAAAGAAGAAACUCGAUGAUGCAAUCGGGUAUGAAGGAGAAGACAAGUCUACAUCGACAUACCCUGAAACAUACAUCGAUGUUGAUCUAGCUAUUCGUUUGAAGAUGCUCGAUGUAAAUGUAUGGUCAAAGAUAAACGACAAUGAUACGCAAUUCCAAAUUAUCACGCGAGCAACGAUACCCGAUACAGGUUUAGCUUUCCGACGACGACCUGCAACGAACGCUAUUGCUGUAUUUGUUGAUUUGGGCUCGUUUCAAGUCGUUGGCAUGGCUACAGACGGGCUGCAAACCACUACGUCGAAUGAAAAUCGGCCGGUACUCGUUCAACCGGUUCACCGCUUGUCAUCAUCAAGUGAACAGAAAUUGCUACAAAUCGAGUUUGAAACCAAUCCAUUGGAUAAAUCAGGGGAUUAUCGUGUCAAAGUAGUAGCACAAUCUAUGGAAGCGAAGUACAACGCUCCAACAAUUAACAAAUUGGCGGAAUGCUUCGAGCAAGAUACUCAACGUAAUCUACAAGGUGUGAAACAAGUGGCAUAUUCGACAUACACAGAUGUAAAACACCGUUCGUAUAUUCUCAUGAAACAUAAUGUCGAGAAAAUCAAAGUUUUGGAUAUCGAUAUUGAUCUUCAAUCGUCAUAUUUUCUUCUCCCAGAAAAUGGAGUUUUCCAAGAGGAUGGAGCGUCGAUUUGCAUGGAUCUUGGUCAUUUGACAUUGAAACGAGGAACAGUAUCUGCCGACAGUGAAGAUGAAUUGACUGCGAUAAAAAAAGCCGAAAAUAUCGAUGAUGCUCGAGAGAAAUCCUACACGCAGUUCAAACUUAAACUUGAAGAUAUUCAAUUGAUCUAUGCCAACCGAAAUGAAAGUUGGGAAAAUGCUCGCAAAAACAAAAACACGCCGUUACAUUUAAUUAAACCAAUGUCAUUGGAGUUAGAUGUGGGAAAAUGCUUUUAUAAUGAUGAUGCUGUCCUACCUGCCUGGAAAGUUGCUGGAAAUAUUCCCAGUGUAGACCUGCGCUUAUCCGAUACGCGUCUGUUUCAAAUUAUGCAUCAUGUGCAAUCGAUUCCAUUUCCGGAAUCGAAAACUCCAACCAUUACUGAAAUACCCUAUGAAUCCGAAACAUUACCUAUGCAAGCAUUGGUGAAAAAUCCCGAAGAAACAUUACAAGCUGUUGAAGGAAUGACACCGGUCAAGAAAACGAAGGAGAAAGUCGAAGCUGAAGAACAGCAGGAAAGUUCAAGCGCAGUCGAAGAGGAGAAACAAUUUGAAGGACAAUUAACGCAGUUAGAAGCUAUGUUUACAUUAGAUAAAAUCGACAUACAUAUCGAUAAAGCGACAAGUGAUACAAACAUUGAUGAACCAUUCUUACGCGUAACACUUCAGUCAAUCACUGCCAACACGAAAAUCAAAACUUUCGAUAUGGAAUUCAAUGCAUCUUUGGAAGAUCUUAUUGUCUAUCACCAACAAUUUAUCGGCAAAGAUAAUCAAAAGUUACGAUUGUUAUCAGCCCAACUCGACAAAAAAAAUGCGGGUGGCGAUCAGAAACUAGUCAGCUUGUACUUUCUGCACACAUCAGCGGAGAAUCCAUUGUUUUCAUCACCAACGUAUGAUGGAAUCGAGAAUCGAGCUCGCGUUCAUUUCAGCAAACUUGUGGUGAUGUUACAAUUAGAGGCGCUUCUAUCCAUCUUCAAAUUUCAAGAUUCAUUAAUGAAAAAACUACCCGUUGAUGUGAAGGAUGACGCGACGAAACCAAAAGUCGAGGACGAAAACAAAGCUAUCGAAAAAGCAGAAAAAGUUGUCAAGAAAAAUGAUGCUCCAACUACACCAUCACUUACGAUCAACGCUGAUUUGGAAGAAUUUCGAAUUAUACUUGCAACGAAACAGGCUCGACUGUUCGAUGUUCAAGUACAAGGUAUCAUAGCUAAAGUCGCCCAAUCGUCUGAAAAGACACUAGUGAAUUUGAUUCUAUCAGAUUUACGUAUUUUUGAUCCAUAUAAAGAAGCACGAUACCGAAAAAUUAUUUCUCAACAAGGUGACGAGAAAGAAUUAUUGCGUGUUGAUCUGUCUCUUUUCAAUCAUCCCGAAGGAGUUGCGAAACCAUUAGACUAUUUCGACUGUGAUGUUAAAGUUCAAUUCGCAAAAGCGACGAUUGUCUUUCUUUUCAAACAUAUCGGUGCACUUCUGGGCUUUCUCGAUACGUUGAAUAUCACCAAAGCAGCACUUGAUAUUGCAUCUACACAAGCUGAUGCUGCCUAUGAGCAAGUACAAAAACUUCAAGAGCAAGCAUUUAAAGUUCAUCUCGAUAUUACCUUCAACGCACCGAAUAUCAUUAUUCCAACGAAUUCUUACUCCGACGAAGCACUCUUUCUAGAUUUGGGUAAAUUGACGUUGAAAACGAGUUUUCGUGAUGAUCCAAUCAAGGAUCUUAUCGAAGAACAGAACAUUCAAUUGGAAAAUAUUCUCGCUAGUCGGGUUAAGCUCGAUCGAGAUUAUAAUAUUCUUGGUGAAGCUGUUCUACUUGAAUGCGCAGAAUUGAAUGCGGUUGUUAAUCGCUUGUUAUUUCCGCAAAAAGCAAAAAGCCAACCGGGAGUAUCAAUUAAUGUUCAAUGGGAUUUAGUUCACUUUCGAUUGGCCAAAGAUGAUUAUUCAUGUGUAAUGAAAGUUUUGAUGGAGAACUUCUCGGAAAAUGUCCGUGAUGAAAUGCAGGACAAUACUCAAAAUGAAAACUAUCGAUAUAUUCAAGAUAAACAAGAAAAGGAAGAAGAUGCGUUAAAGAAUGCUGUCAUUAAAAAACAAAAAGAAUUACAAGGUGACGAAGUUAUACCAACAAUGAAACUUCGUGCACGGAUCAGUAAAUUAGCCUUGACGUUAUAUCUUGGCGAAUCUGAUUUGAGCACACGUCGUGGAGCACGAAAUGAUAAUCUGAAGUUGGCUAAUGUUGAAAUCGAUAUACUCGAAGCAGUGUUCCGUCAACAAUCUGAUGGCAGUUAUAAAGCAACAGCACGAGUUAAAAACUUCCUACUGGAUGAUCUACGAGAAACGAAUAAACCUGAAAGUGUAACGCGUAUGAUGGACAGACAUUUCACUGUCGAUCCCAACGCUCAAAUGCUUGUGGCAACAUUUGAAUUCACACCUAAAAGUGCUACACAAAAUAUGGCUCGCCGAAAAUUGGUGGCACAGCUCGAAAGUCUUUAUAUUUGCAUCAGUUUGGAUUAUUUAAUGACGUUACAAGAUUUCUUCAUAUCGGGUUUACCGUCUGGCAAUGCGGAAACGAAACCUCAAGCAAUAACUACAACUGAUCGAGUGGAUCCUGAUAGAAUAUCAGUUGCACAGGAUACUAAAUCAUCGAACGCACCUGCGAAACCACCAACACCAGCAGCAAAACCGGCAACACCAAAUGCUGACGCAGAAGUUGAAACUGCACUGGAUGUGUUGGUAAAACAUCCGGAAGUGAUCUUACUGGAAGAUCAACAUAAUGCCAAUUCCAAUUGUCUCGUACUUGAUUUGGCAUUGGAGAUGCGUAUGAAUAUCGUCAACGAAAAGUCGGAGUUGUCUGGCAGGCUGAGAGAUCUAACCGUUUACAGUUCGAACUUUGCUGAAUUGAAGAGCGCAGCUAAUUCGCCAUCGAAAGUUAAAUAUCGCAUUCUUCAACCAGCGAAAGCUGAGAUUUGUAUGUUAACAACUACUGAAGAGCAAAAAAUUGAUUUAAGAGUAUCGGAUAUCAUGGUCAGUAUUGCACCAGCUGCUGUUCGUACUGUCAUUGGCGUAAUGAGUUCAUUGGGAACACUCCAGGCAACAACAGAAGCUGAAGUGGAAAAAAUCAAUUCAAAAUCCAUCUUCGAUCCGAAACCGUUCAAAGAUGCCAACUUUUGGUUUACAAAAGGUAUUGAAGAGAAAGUGGAAGAGGUCGAUGUACUGGAAACAGUGCGCGGCACACCGUCCCAACAGGGAGCCAUUAAAGAAGAAGAAAAUAAGAUAAAAGAGCAAGAACAAACACCAGUUCAGAAACCUUUGGUUCAACAAUUAAUUUUCGUGUUGGAAACACUCGAGCUCAAACUCGAAGUUGGUUUAGGCGUGGUGACGAAGUCUGUGGUCGCUAUGUGUUUGACCGGUCUAACUGCUAAUAUACUAAACUGGUCAUCGAAUAUGAGUCUUCAAUCAACGAUGAAUAUCGAAGCAGCUUUGUACAAUGAGCAUGUCUUAGCUUGGGAACCGCUGAUCGAACCUCUAACUGAUGCGAGUGGUAAAACGUUUUCUCCAUGGAGUUUGAAUUGUUCAAUUAUACCCCAAAACAUCAAUGAUAAAUAUCGCAUAAAAAGUAUCUAUUAUGCAUUACCAUUCACGGAAAAGAAUGAAUCAUCGCUCAUCAAUGAACAACAGCGCAAAGAAGGCGUCCCAUCAUCCGGAGCAAAACAGUUGAUCGUGGUUCGCGCAGAUCAAUGGCUAAAUAUCACCAUAACGAAAACAGGUCUCGAUCUCGUUCAACGUCUAUCAGCACUUUUCAAUGACGUUUACAACAAACGAUUGCCACCAUCCGACGACGAUGAUUUACCGUUAUUAUCUGUAUGGAACAAAACCGGGCGAGAGUUGAGCAUUGAGAAUCUCACUGGUUUGCUUCUCAAUGAUCCAUCGACAAAAUCGAUUACUCUCCAACCGAACGAAUCUGCACCAUUGACAGUCCAUAAUCCCAAACAACACCACGGACGACUUUCGGUUAUCGAAGAGCAAUCGCAUAGAAAUCCACAAGAAUUUGCUGUUAAAUAUCGUGAUACACAAAAGACAGUCAGUAUCAAUCGCACAUGGAAACGUGUUUAUGAAUUAGGUUCAUCAUUGAUUCAAAGUUGGCCCAUGCAAAUUCUUUGCGAUGCUCAAGUGAAGAAUGACCGCCGAUGUAUUAUUCUUAGUUCAAUCGUUCGAAUUUUUAAUAAUACAACAUUACCAUUGGUUCUUCUGAAUGUUGACUCAGUGAAUACGAAACAUCAUACAGACGUGGCACGAAUUGAAGUUAAUCAAGAUUAUUAUGUUCCCAUUGAUCUACUAUAUAGCUCUUCGAAAUCAUCGAUAUUCUUUUCGGUUGAUGAGGGACAAGAAGAUAAGGACUUCUUCUCAUUCGAUUGGAUCAAUGAAUAUUCAACAGAAAGAAAACUAAAACUCAAAACUGGCAAAGAAGCCAAUUUUGUCAUUUUCAAAGAAAUAUCAGAAGCUCAUUUCGAAAACAUCGAUACGAUCGAUCGCCCAGCAUUUAAUCUUCACAUAUAUCCAGCUCUUCACUUAACUAAUCUUUUACCAGUUGAUAUUCAAUGCUCAGUGGAUGAUGUCGAAUCAAUCGAAUUAAAACCCAGUCAAUUACAGUUAAUCACAUCUGGCAAUAAGAAAUCUUCAUUGAAAUUUACUAUUCCAUCGUAUGAUAAUAUCAGGUGGGUAUCGGUACCAGUUGAUCUGACACAGGAGGGUCGAGGUGAUUAUAAUGAACUUCCGGUAAUCUUUCACAAUGCUGAUGAUUCAAGUGCGCAACGGAUCUUGAGAAUGGUCUUACGUGUUGAUGCAUAUCAUGAAUCCUAUCGUUUGUCGAUUUAUGCUUCGUUUUGGAUACUUAAUCGUACGAAUCUUAAACUUGAGUUUCAAAUUGAAAACAAUCGAAUAUGGAUUGAUCCUUUGGAAACACCCUUUUUAGUCUGCCCAGAAAAAUUUGCCAGUGAAGCAAGUAAAAAGGGACAAAUCCGCGUCUGUGUAAAUGAACAAAUCGAAUCCACCACGAACUGGUCAGAGAAAUUCUCGAUGGAUGUCAUUAAAAGUACAGGUGUGGCUACUUGUAAAGUACCAAACGAUCGAACAUAUAUGAUCUGCGUGGAUAUUGUGACAAGUUCAUUUGGCUUAACAAAGCUUGUGACACUUUCGCCGUCGAUGAUUGUCACAAAUAAAUCAAGUAUUGGAAUUGAAGUUGUUGAAAUGGUUGCCAAUAAAGAACAGGACACAUGGAAAAAAAUCGAACCUAAUCAGCUGAUUCCGUUUUGGCCUCGUAAUAUCAAAGAUGGUGUCAUGCAUGUUCGCUACACCGACAAUAAUCAAGUCAUGUCGACAGCAUUUGUGACUAAACGAAAGCAUCGAACACUCUUACGCAUGGACGAUGAAGAACGACCAGCAAUUAACGUCGAAGUUAAUGCAACCGAUUUCGACGGUGUUCGAGUCAUUUUCGAAGACUACAAGAUUGGAGAUGCACCGAUACUUGUUGUCAAUUGUUUGAAUAGUGAACCAGUUUCAUUCAGUCAAGUCGGUGGUCCGCCUAUACAUACACAAGUUCUACCGGCAUUGAGUUAUGUUUACUUUACAUGGCCGGACCCAUUGAAAGAGAGAGAACUACACAUAUCAUGUGGUUCAAAGAGUACACAAAUUGGAUUAACGCCUAUAUGUGGUUCGUUUGGCAAAGAAGGUCACCGUACUGUGAGCUACGCCAUUUUCGUCGAUGGUGUUCAAACCGUCUUACUUUUCUCAGACAAUGUCAAAGUGAUCGAAGCUGCGUCGGGUAUCCCAUCGUUAGCCGAAUCGAUGGAUCAACGUAUACAAAUUGGUAUUCAGGAUAUCGGCAUUUCGAUUGUCAAUGACAUUACUCGAGAGGAAAUGCUUUUCAUCAGUUUGAAUAAAUCGAAAACUAUUUGGACUGAAGCGAAAAAGUCUCGUGUUAAACCAUUACCUGAAGACGUCAACACGCAAUUAGAAGCUCUCUAUCAAACACACAUGCAGAAACGCGAAGCGAAUCCAGACGAUAGAGAACUUCUCGUCGCUAAAUACAGCAGUGAGAAAUAUCGAGAAAUUCUCUUCGAUGAAAACACCGCAUUCUUGAUUUCGACGAAGAAUCGUCGAAAACAUGCCAAACGACAAGCCCUAGAUGGUCUCUGCAUCGAAUAUGCAUGGUCUGUAUCAAAUUCUGCAUUGCACAUACGCAUCAAUCGCGUGCAAAUCGAUAAUCAACUCGGUUAUACAAUAUUUCCUGUUAUGUUCCACCCCGUCAUAUCAAAAGCGGCCAAAUCCGAUCAUGCUGAAAAAGCAUUCAUUGAAUUGAGUAUCUUCCAAACGAAAUCGACACAAUCGAAUGUUGUCCAGUUCAAAUACUUCAAAUUACUUAUACAAGAAUUUGCCGUGAAGAUCGAUCAAGGCUUGAUUGUUGCCAUUCUUGCCUUCAUGAAACAAGAAUCUAAUGCGGGAGCACCAACAGUCAAUAUGGAUGCUGAUUUGGAACAAAUUAAAAAACCAUUGGACGUGAUUUUGAAAGCACAAAUCGACACUCCAUCGGGCGAAACAAAAAUGUAUUUUGAUAACAUACAUUUAUCUCCUUUGAAGAUUCAUGUCAGUUUUUCAAUGCAUGGAGCAAAACCAACCGAUGAAUUGCUAGCGGAGUAUCCAUUAGUUGGCUUUCUGUUACGAACGCUGAAUGUUGCCGAAGUCAAUGACGUUAUUUUACGUUUGGGUUAUUACGAACGAAACGGUAGUAUAUUCACCGUGACGAAGAUCACAAAUGAUGUCACAGGUCAUUAUCAAAAUCAGUUUAUGAAACAAAUUCACGUCUUAGUACUUGGCCUUGAUGUACUCGGUAAUCCAUUCGGCGUUAUUCGCGGUCUUGCAGAAGGAGUCGAAUCGUUCUUCUAUGAGCCAUAUAAAGGAGCUAUUGAAGGUCCAAUGGAGUUCAUUGAAGGUGUGGGCGAGGGUUUCCGAUCAUUGUUAGGUUCGACAGUGGGUGGUGCCGCUGAAGCAUUUUCAAAAAUAACUGGGGUGCUCGGUAAAGGUUUAGCAACAUUAGCAUUCGAUGAAGAGUACAAGGCAUCGCGUGUCCGACGAAAAGAACCCGGUAGCAAUAUUGCAGCCGACAUUGCCACUGGUGGUAAAAAUGUUGUUAUGGGUUUCGUCGAUGGUGUCACAGGUGUUGUAACUAAACCAGUAGCUGGUGCAAAGGCUGAUGGUGCAGCUGGAUUUUUCAAAGGUUUAGGAAAGGGUAUGAUCGGUCUUGUCACACGACCCACUGGCGGCAUUGUUGAUUUUACUACAACAUCAUUUGAUAUUGUCAAAAGAACUGCUCAACACGAAGAAAUUGUUCGUCGGAUUCGUUAUCCACGCCACGUUGGUCGUGAUGGUCUCAUCCGGCCAUAUAUCUUUCAUGAAGCAAUGGGCUUCUACAUCCUCAGUAGGCUAGAAGAUAAGAAAUAUUCGAAAUCUGAAGAGACGUAUGUAGCGCAUAUAACUUGUUCAGAUAGUCCACAAUCUUGGUUGAUAGCAACAUCCAAACGUUUAAUAUUUGCUACUGAAAUGUCUCUACUUGAUUCGUAUGAAAUCGAUUGGGAUAUCGAAUACGAACAAUUAUACGAACGGCCAACAAUAAAGCCAGACGUAAGACAUAUCGAAAUUCUGACAAAGAAUGAAAAGAAAACGGGAACAACCAGAUCACAGCGAUCGUUUGGAAAAUUAGUGAAGUAUAAACACACUGCGGAUGCUCAGUAUAUCGUCAAGAAAAUCAGUGAUACGAUGCAUAGUGCUGGUAACUAA